CUGAUCCCCUGCAAGACACAUUUGAAGGUUAAGUAACUAGAGUCUCGGCUAAUCCCGUGUAAGCUGCUGUCGCUACUUGGCAGCUUACAUUUCUGACACACCAGUUUCUACAAGCUUAGAUUUGUUCUUCACCUUCUGUUCAAAUAACCUCCGAGAGGAGCCAUGCGGCUCUUGGCAUGCGUGUGCCUUGUGCUUAGCUUUCUGGAAGAAGUGAGCUGCACCUGUCCCUCUCAGUGCACCUGUGGUUAUCACGGCAGAAAUGACGUCUCAGGAUCGAGGUCGGUGCUGUGUAAUGACCUGGACAUGAACGAGGUCCCUGUGAACUUCCCCGUGGACACCACAAGGCUUUCCAUAGAGAAGACUGUCAUCCGCAGGAUCCCGCCUGAGGCCUUCUACUACCUGGUGGAGCUGCAGUACCUCUGGCUGACUUACAACUCUGUGGCCAGCAUAGACCUCAGCAGCUUUUAUAACCUGAGGCUGCUACACGAGCUGCGCUUGGAUGGGAAUUCUCUGACCAUCUUCCCUUGGGUGUCCCUGCUGGAUAUGCCACGUCUGAGGACCCUGGAUUUGCACAAUAACCGAAUAGCCAGUGUGCCAAAUGAGGCUGUCAGAUAUCUGAAGAACCUCACCUACUUGGAUUUAUCAAGUAAUAGACUAGUCACACUGCCGUCAGAUUUCCUGGACAGCUGGUCCCACUUAGCUAUGACACCUUUUAAAAGCUCGGACCUUUCACCAAGAAGAAUCAUUCUUGGUUUGCAGGAUAACCCUUGGUUCUGCGACUGUCACAUAUCCAAAGUGAUCAAGCUGUCGAAGGUUGCUGACCCUGUGGUGGUGCUUCUGGACCCGCUGUUGGUCUGUAGUGAACCCCAGCGCCUUGCAGGGAUUUUGUUUCAGAGGGCUGUGUUGGAACGGUGUCUGAAGCCAUUGGUGAUGACCUCAGCUACCCAAAUCACAUCUGCUCUGGGCAGUAAUGUCCUGCUGCGCUGUGAUGCCACUGGCUACCCUACCCCACAGCUCAUGUGGACCAGAUCUGACAGCUCGUCAGUUAAUUAUACAGUGAUUCAGGAGUCUCCAAGAGAAGGAGUGAGAUGGUCCAUCAUAAGCUUGACAGGGAUUUCCUACAAGGAUGCUGGGGAUUUCAAGUGUCAAGCCAAAAAUCUGGCUGGGGUGUCAGAGGCUGUGGUAACUGUGACAGUGGCUGGUGUUGCUACAACCACUAUGACAUCAGAUACAUCAGAGAGAAGCACUGGAGAGCACCCUGAGCAGGGGCCCCACCCAGGAUCUGGAAGACCCACACCUCUACUUACUUCAUCGUCACCUCCCCGAGUCUCGUCCUCCUCCUCCCUUCUCGUGUCCUCUACCUCUGUUUCUGCUCCUACGUUGCCUCUGCCUUCCACCGCUUCCUUUUCUUUGUCGCCUUUCUUCUCGGUUUCAUCUCCAACCUCAAUUCUAAGAACUGGCACGUCAGCAAGCACCAUCAGGACUAGCCACCGGUCAGUCCAGCUCCACCAAGGUGGGAAAACCAGUGCAAAGGUGGUGAUGAAUGGAAGUAAGUUUCCUCCAGUCAGUGCAAGUAAGAAAGAGGAGUUGGUAUUGCUGGGUCAAGCAGCACCUAUGAAAAUGAACUUCACAACAGAAGACCUCAGAGUGGCUGGUGAAACUGAAGGGAGUGUGACUCUGACAUGGAACACCAUCAACGCCACUCGUGAGUCUGUGGUGACCGUGUUGUAUGCCAAGUAUGGUGAGGAGGACCUGCUGCUGUUGAAUGUAGACUCCAGGAAGAACCAAGUAACCAUAGAUGGUCUGGAGACUGGCAGGCAGUAUGUGGCAUGUGUCUGUCCAAAAGGAAUGGCUCCCCAGAAGGACCAGUGUAUCACCUUUUCUACCAACAGAACAGAAGAACGCAGCUCACAGUGGUCUUUCCUUGUCGUGGUGACCAGCUCUGCCUGUGUUGUUGUCUUGCCAUUAAUUUGCUUUUUAUUGUAUAAAGUCUGCAAACUGCAAUGUAUGUCAGAAUCAUUCUGGGAAGAUGAUUUGGCAAAAGAGACAUAUAUCCGAUUUGAGACCCUGUCACCAAGGUCACAGAGUAUAGGAGAGCUCUGGAUGCGAAGGCACAAUGAUGACUCAGAAAAACAGCUGCUGUGUUCCCGGUCAAGUGUAGAAUCUAAGAUGAAUUUUAAAACUGAAGGUUAUAGACUGGAGUAUUAUUGCUGAGGUUUUAUAGUUCUGGUGCAUGUGAGAUGCAUUUUUGUCCAUUAAUGGGAGAAUUACAUGUUCUCCACAGACACAGGGAUUAGAACCACUAGUAAAGUCACAAAAUCACCGAAAGGCAUGACUGCAGCCCCCUCUGUCCCUCUAGGUACUGCAUCAGUGAGGCAGUGUGGCCCCUUAAGGGGUGUGCCAACCCCUGUGACACGUGCUGGGGAUAGGUGGUAGCAGCCCAUGAGCAAGAUGAUCAAGUCUCUGUGCCAGGCAGAUUGACUGCUCUGAGUUUGCUCAGUUGCCACUGGCCAGGUCAUAGGUAUUGGCAGUCAUCCAUUGGAUAAGGAUACCAAGAAACCCACAGACUCUUGAUCUAGGCAGCAAUUCAAGCCCGUUCAAAGACCUGAUGCAGAAGACUAGGAGAGAGAAGCAGCGCUUGGCUGUGCUGUGCAUUCCAAAUUCUAAUCCAUGGGUCAAAAGACAAAGCAGUUGGUAGCUAUCACUGAAGAGGGCAACAUGAAUUCAUUGCUUAAGGAUGCUAUGAAGCUUAUCCAGGGCCCUUGGCACAGAGAGGUGCCUGUGCACUGCUACUGUGGCUGUUCUUUGCCUGAUAAAUAGAAACCCAGCAUGAGCCUCCAUAAGUCAAGGGCUGAAAGUGUCUGCAAACAUCCGAGGAAGGAAGACAGCACCCGGGGCACUGGGGCAAGUGCUGUGAGUUUUCACAGCUGCCGUCCGCACAAGACAGAGCAUCAUGCAGAGAUCCCCCAAACAAGCUAGGGCUUAUAUAACACUCUUCUAGCCCUGACUCUAUUGCACAAAGAUCUGCUUCAUGCAGGAGAACUUCCAUGCCUUUGCCUCACAGACACAUCCCAUCAGUGUGAUGAUGGCCCUCAACUGGUUCAUGUCCUUGGAAGUUAACACUGACUUUUCCACCUACUGGAAGACAUGUCCAUUACUAGCAUUGCUGUAAUAUGCUGGGGAUGAUUGUAUAGACUACUUUACCAAUCUUGACUACAUCGCUACCUGGCAAACCCUUUCCUGGUGUAUUUCCGGGCAAGCUUCUUAGGUCACCUCUGCCACCAUUCACCAUACCUUCUGGAAAGACCUAGAGCCUCCGCCGUGCUUGUCAGCCACCUAAGGUGGAAAGGAUUUGAAGUUUUGUCUUGUUUGGACCACCUUUAAGAUCAGGCUCCUGUGCUUAUGACACCAUCUCUAGUGUAUGUUUGUGUCUUCACACAUUUUGCCUAGCUCUGAGUCCUCCAUAUUGUCCUCUCGUGUUCUGGCUGACCUUUACUCUGCCACGAAGCACCUCCAAGCCUGCUUCCAAGUCCACUGAAGUCUCCUCACAUCCCCACGUGAGAGCACUUUUCCAAGUGUACCCAGCGUGCCCUAUGCCUUUCACUGUUCCACGUGAGCUGAUGUGGUACGUCCAGUUAAGGUUGGCCAGACCCACUCACCAAUUCCUCAGCACCAAGGUUACAGACAAUGUCUACUACGAGGUCAUUUUGACCACCCACUGAGCGGCCGACCUUCAGGUUUGCCAAGUAUGCUUUCACUGACUUUUAUCCAUGUGCCACUGUCUACAAUCAAGUCUGGCCACUCCCUGUCAACUUCUCUGCUCACAUCGUUGUCCCAGAUCCACAUCUGGGCCCACUCUCAUCGUCCCUCUUGAUUGCUCUGCUGGGCACUGUUAGUCCUCCAAUGCAGUUCAAUUCUUGCAAGGUUUCUCCAGGAAUGCCAAUGAUGCCUAUCUUCUCAUUGCUGUGUCCUACAGGGCACCUGGCCUGGAUGGGGGGCCCUUCUCUCCUGAAGGCACCUGGCCUGGAUGGUGGGCCCUUCUCAUCUGAGGGCACCUGACCUGGAUGGUGGGACCGUCUCACGUGAGGGCACCUGGCCUGGAUGGGGGGCCCUUCUCACCUGAGGGCACCUGGGCUGGAUGUGCCCUUCUCUCCUGACUGCUCCUGGAGAAGCAUGGUGUUCUGUUCUAGUGACUCCUGUCUACAGGCUCACCCAUCUUUUCUCGGGUUCCCUCAGGUGUCCCUUGGCAUGGCUGGACUUCUCACCAGUGUUCUGAGCCAUCUGUACACAGGGAAGAGAGCUGUGAUAGUAGUCCUUAUACAAAUCUUCAUAUUCUUUUUAGAGUGGAGAUUUUGAAGUAUAGACUGGGUGUGUCAUGAGCCCUGAAAGAUUCUGAGAAGCAAGUUCUAACAAAACAUAUUUUGCGUAAGACACAUGUUGACUUCUAAUAUCCUAGAAACAAUAUAAAUAGCCAGAGGGUAAGUUAUUAAUCCUAAAUAUCCCUUAAUAAAAAAGAGAAGCUAAGUUUAGUUUAGGCAUCUGCACACAGAAGACUAGAGUGGAUGGACAGUUUGCUCAGACUCUGAAAUUCCCCCUCCUUCUGUAGUUCUCUCCUUUUCUUCCCUUCCCUUCCCCUUCUCCUCCCCUGCAUGUCUUUGGUGCUUUCAUCACGGAGAGCAUUAUUUCAGGAUCUAACAGCUUAGUAUUUGUUGCUAAGAUUUUUUUAAAAGAUUUAUUUUUAAUUGUGUGUGUGUAUAUAUAUGUGUGUGUGCGCACACGUGAAAACAGUGCUAGUGGAGGCCAGAGGCAUGGGUCCUCUGGAGCUGGAAUUACUGGCGGUUGUGAGCUCCCAGACAUGAGUACUAGGAACCCAACUCAGGUCCUCUGGAAGAGCAGCAAGCAUUCUUAGCUCCUGAGGCAUCUCUUCAGCACCCAUUCUUAGGUCUUUAAAAAUUAAUUUUUACAGAUAAUUUUGUUUAGCUUCAAUUUAUGUUAGAUCAACUUAUUUUAAAUUAAAAGUCAAAAUUUUCAUUUCUGUACUGUGCUGUUGAUAUCAUGCAAUUUUGUUGUUACAUAUUUAAAAGGUUUAGAUAAAUAUUAGCUUAAAGGUACUACUACCAUAGUGGAAAUUCUAUAACUGUGAGAGGGUGUUACAGACUUCUGAGACAAGUGGUGAAUAUGGAGAGGUGCCCAAAUUACACAGAGGCAAUUUGUCAAGACAAGAGACCUGGACCAUCAGAAUAGAUAAUUACUGACUUCCUUUAAAAAUCAAAAUCAAGUCUGAACCUAUUUUGACCCAUGGGGAAAGGCUCUUUGGGGAUUUGGAGGACAGGACCCUCAAUGAAAAUACCUUCGUUAUUGCUUAGUGUGGGACUGGCACGCGAGGUGCGAUGCUGAAAGUACUGAGUUGUGGGCUCUCUGCUUUGUGAAGACACUUCUUAAGGGGUUCCCCUGUCAUCCCAGUGAUGCUGCUCCCUGGUGCUUGUGAGUAUGUUUCCCAAGUGGGAAAGGAAGGCUGGAAUUGGAGUGCUUAGCACAGAAUGCGUUGAGUAAGAGCUUGUUUAUCAUUGUUACUGAAAACAUUGUAGAGAGAAGUCUAACUGAUAUAUAGAUGACAUUUGUGGCCAUUAAAAAUGAUUAUAACGAGGGCCAGUGAGAUGUCUCAGCAGGCAAAGCGUGCAAGCCGAACUUGAUCCCUGUUCUCUCCUGGUGAUGGAGUGUUAGUCAUGAUAGCCAAAGUACAGAAUCAGUUUAAGUAUAUGCCAGUAGAUGAA